UCCUGCUCUAGAGUACGUCGCGUUGCACCGUGCCCUCCAAAGCAGGCAGCUCUUGAGUGUCACCGUGCACCGUACCGGCGCGAGCUCUUGGUACGCGCGCACGCGGGAUUCUUGGGAAGAUGACGAAGAGGCACGGUCCUGCCGCCCGAGUUCACCGCGUUCACCCCCUUCUUCUCCUCCUCGCGGCCGUCUUGCUGCUCGCUGCCACGGCUGAUGGCAUCAGACCGGGCCCCGAUGAUGCUGAUGCGAAACCGGCAGUGCAGCGUGCACGGCCGGGGCAGGCGCCUGGUGCGGCGACGGCGACGGAGGAGAAGGGGUUCCUGCAGGAGGAGGUGUACGGGACGGGGUCGAGCCUGCCGGACUGCACGCACGCGUGCGGCGCCUGCAAGCCGUGCAACCGCGUCAUGGUCAGCUUCAAGUGCUCCAUCGCCGAGCCCUGCCCCAUGGUCUACCGCUGCAUGUGCAAGGGCAAGUGCUACCCCGUCCCCUCAAGCUAGCUCAGCUCAGCUGAGAUGAUUUCCCACGCGCACGCACACACGGCUGAUGCAGAUGCAGAUGGUGCAGAGUAAUAUGCCGAUCUAGUUAUAUGUGAAUUUUUAUGCUGGUGUUCGAUCACCAUGAUGAUAUGACGGCAUUUUGUAAAUUAUGACUCGGUGGCUAGCUAGCUGGCUAUUUUGGAGCACAUGAAACACUUGUUAUA